GGAAGUUCUGUUGCCGUUGCCGGCUAGCCCGCUGCCGCCGCUCGAGCCGCAACUACCAACACGAACACCUUGAAGGCAACGCCCUCGGCAAUGGAACGGCAGUUCGGCGGCGCGAGUUGCGGAGGCCGCCCGCUCCGGUCAGUAACCAUCACACAUCACUACCUCCUCGCGGUUCGUCCGCUGAACCGAGUGACUAUUAUUCCCGUCCCCUCAUCAUUCCAUCUGCACACCGAGCGCUCGGAAGGGCUCGCGUGGACGCGCUCGGGGGUCGUUGCGGCGGCGGCGGUCCUGGUCAAGCUCGAUGGUCUUGUUCCUCGCGAAAAGAAGAGGGAAAUAUUGGCAUCUUUUUUCGUCAGAACCUUCAAAAGAUUUGCUAGAACAGGGAUCUGGAAUUGUGGAGUGAACAGGGAUCCUUCUUUACUGGGGUAACCUAUACAGAACUAUUUUACAUCAUGUUGGAUAUUUUACAAGCAAACAGUGCAAAACCAUGUAUAUCUUCAGAAAGUACAGACUGAAUUGUUGAUGCAGUGCCACCCAUUGCUGGCAACGCAUCACCAUAGAGCUCAGGAACACCCUCUCAACUUCCUCAGAUGCAUUUCUUCUGAGCAAGCAAAAUCAGUGUUAUCCUGCCAUCACCUGCGAAUCUAGAACUCCUCCUGGGACCUCCUAAGCAACUCACUGAAUACUGUUUGUGCGGAACUACACCAAUGGGACCUCGAAUCGCCUCCUUUCCGCUGUGGACAUGGCACAGUGCCCUUGUCUGCGUAUGCGUAGGUGAAGUCAUGCAGCAUGUAUCUCUGUCUCUGGUGGUUGCUUUGACCCUUUGCCACUUCCUCACCAAUUGAGCAAGCAUCUUGGGAUGGAUCACGGUGUUUCUUCUUGGUUUUUAGGUACAAUGCUUGGACAUGCUUAGUUUAUGACUUUGUGGUUGAAGUGAUGGUGUCUUGCUAGCUGAUUAUUCAUAUAGGUGAAGAAAUGGUCCGUGGCUUUGGUGAAGUUUCUAUGGUUCGCAGGGGACAAGGCUACGAGCUUAGUGCAAGAUUGUGUAUAAUGCGUGGGU